AUGCCGGCCGAGAGGCGUUCUCUGCGAUCUAACAACAAGUCGGACACCUCUUCAUCUGCUAACGGUGAAAAGGCUCGCUCCAACUCCCAAAGCUCCAGUGCGAAAGACAAGGCCGCGCCUACGACUCGCGCCGCCGCCAACAAGGCCAAAGCGGCCCCAGCAAAGAAAGGCGCCGCCAAGGGCGCAUCGGACGCCGGAAUGGGAGAAGAUGAUAAGUCGCAUGUCAACGGGUCCAAGUCAACCGAGAAUGGCGUGAACGGUUCCGAGGACGUGGAGAUGGAGGAGGAUACGGCAGGUGCGCCUACAUCCUCAUUCAACUCCAGUAAGAACCGGAAUGGUGACGAGAAGAUGACUGUUGUAGUGCCCCCAACCAAGGGUUCCAAAUCGUCUGGCAACAAGGAGGAGGAUGUGACGAUGGAGGGCACCGACGAAGGUGAUGCUGCGAACACCGAGCCCGAAAUCGACCCAAUCACUAAGGCCAUCCAAGGUGCGUUCUGGAUUAAAGCUGCUGCGCUGCAAGCACGCAAGCUCCGUUUACUGAUGCGUAUCAAUUACCUUUCCUUCUAUAUAGACAUCAAGACCAAUUUCACCCUACUCGAGCGAGCCGUCGCCCACUUUGAUCCCCGAUUUACCCUCCGUGUCCUGCGGUCGAUAUCAUCCAUGCGGAAACAGCUUGAACCGGGAGUUCUUGCUCAAGUGAUCGUGGACACCUACCCGGCCUCCAACCAGAUGGCGACGUUCUUGCUGGAUGCCCUUGACAAGUCUGAUGCGUUUGAGAGUCUGGCUAGCUUGAAGAUGGAGGUGGACUCGGAUAAGAACAAGGCGGCUGCGAAGGAGACCCUACCCGAGGUGGACACAUACCUUUCGAUUCUGGUGCAGAUCUACCUCUUCGACCAGCGACAGAUUCAGAAGGGUGCUCAAUUCUCGACAAACCUGAUUGAGCGCCUCCGCGCCCAGAACCGCCGUACGCUGGACUCCCUCGCGGCUCGCGUGUACUUUUACUAUUCCUUGUUCUACGAGCAAAUGGCUCCGCUUCCUCCAUCUCCAAUGGCUGCUGUUACGACCAUUCGUCAGCCGCUGCUGGCCGCUCUCCGAACAGCAGUUCUCCGCAAGGAUGUCGACACUCAGGCUACGGCCAUGACCUUGCUGCUCCGCAACUACCUGUCGACUUCUCACAUCACGCAGGCGGAUCUUUUGAUUUCCCACAAUGUUUUCCCUGCAGCGGCUUCGAACAACCAGCUUGCUCGGUACCUGUACUAUCUCGGUCGUAUUCGUGCUAUCCAGCUCCAGUACACCGAUGCUCACAGCCACUUGAUCGGUGCCACUCGCAAGUCUCCUACUAGCCACAGUGCUCGUGGAUUCUACCAAUCCUCGCACAAACUGCUUGUAGUUGUCGAGCUUCUGAUGGGUGACAUUCCGGACCGUGCAGUUUUCCGCCAGCCGGCUCUAGAGAAGUCCAUGCACCCUUAUCUGCUGCUCGCGCAGGCAGUCAGUGCUGGUGAUCUGGAUUGUUUCCUCAACAUUGUGAACACACACAGCGCGGCGUUCCGCAAGGAUGGCACAUACACUCUGAUCCUUCGCUUGCGGCAGAAUGUCAUCAAGACCGGUAUUCGCAUGAUGUCCUUGUCCUACUCUCGCAUCUCCCUGCGGGAUAUUUGCCUGCGUCUGGGUCUGGACAGCGAGGAGAGUGCUGAGUACAUUGUGGCCAAGGCUAUUCGGGACGGUGUCAUCGAGGCAACCCUGGACCACGAACACGGCUACAUGAAGAGCAAGGAAGUGGGUGAUAUCUAUGCUACCCGGGAACCCGGAGAGGCGUUCCACGAGCGUAUUCGUGCCUGUCUGGCUCUUCAUGAUGAGAGUGUCAAGGCUAUGCGAUUCCCGAUGAACCAGCACCGUCUGGAGCUGAAGAGUGCUCAGGAGGCCCGCGAGCGCGAGCGCGAACUCGCCAAGGAGAUCCAGGAGGGAGACAUGGACGAUGAGGACGCUGGUGGUGAUUUCGAUGCCAUCUAA